UUUUAAAUUUUAGACCAAUAUUUAAUUGAUUAUUAUGCUUUUUCAGAGACUUUGGCCUAUAACUAUUUUAAACCAAGACAAUAUGAAAACUUUGAAGAGUUUUAUAACAUGGUACAAAGUAAUAUUUCUGCUGCUCAAAAUUAUGUGAUUCCCAAAAAUAACUAUGACUUGGUCAAAACAGUUAAUUCAACGACAGUUGAGUAUGGUAGUUAUGAUUUCAUCAUUAUUGGAGCUGGUGCAGCAGGUGCAGUAGUAGCCAACAGGUUAUCCGAAAUUCGCGGUUGGAAAAUCCUGCUUUUAGAUGCAGGAGGGGAGGAUAACGAUUUCAAUAAAAUACUUGGUCUGUACGGUUAUGAGUUGUUUUCUCCGAAGACAUGGGGUUACAAUACAACAUUCCAAAAAAACGGAUGCUUAGGCAUGAUAAACCAACGAUGUUUUUUGCCUCAAGGCAAAGUUAUUGGAGGUGGAACAACUAUCAAUGGUGCUGUUUAUGCUAGAGGACAUCCAGAAGACUUUAACAGAUGGGUAUCUGUUUACAAUAAUUCUGGAUGGUCUUACGAUGAAGUACUGCCGUACUUUAAAAAAUCAGAAAAAGCUGUCUUCGAACCUAGAGAUAGAUUUUAUCAUGGCGACAAUGGAUACGUUACUAUCAGUCAGCCUCCAGUUACUUCAAACUUGGGACCAUUAAUGAGAGAUAUAUUUAAGGAAGGUGGCGUGGAAUACAAUUAUGAUUACAACGGCAAAUGUGAGCACGGAUUAUCCAUUGCUGAGCUUUUCCUUAAAGGAAAUGAACGUGUCAGCACAGCAUCGGCUUUCCUUGACAAUUUCCGGUCCAGAGAAAAUCUCCGCAUCAGUCUGAACAGUUUCGUCACCAAAAUUGUUAUUGACAAUGUCACCAAGUCAGCUAGAGGGGUGGAAUUCGUAAAAAAUGGUCAGAAAUAUUUUGCUAAAGCUGAUAAAGAAGUGAUUGUUUCAGCCGGCGGAGUUAAUUCAGUUCAAGUGCUCCUGCUCUCGGGAAUCGGCCCGGAAAAGCAUUUGAAAGAGAUAAACGUACCCCUGGUUAAAAACCUGCCUGUAGGAGAGUAUUUACAAGAUCACGUCAUGUUUAUUGGCUUGGUAAUCAGGAUCAAUGGAACUAUUUACAAUGACACUUUAAGGGAACUUUUAAUGAGGUAUAGAAGAAAUCAGCGGCCUUUGAUUUCAUUCUUGGAAAAUAUUGCUUUUACAAAUAUCGACAAAGAUACUAAAAAACGGCCGGAUAUUGAAUAUAUUGUGUCACUUCCGCUAAAUCUUCCAGACAGGGGUUCAACGUACGUCAGCCUAAACAAAGAAUACCUGGCUGCUAUAAAAAUCAACACUACCAGUGACUUUUUUUUGUUCACGAUGUUGAUGCAUCCGAAAUCACGUGGUACAGUGAAACUUCAAUCCAACAGUCCCUUGGAUCGGAUACCCUUGAUCGAUCCUAACUACCUGGCUGAAGAAGAGGACAUCGAAAAGUUAUACCAGGGAGUGAAAUUUAUUGUGAACUUGAACAAUACCGAGGCAUUUAGGAAGCACGGAGCACAAGUGGUGGCAUUUGACUAUCCAAAUUGUGAAACAUUUAAGAAAUUUAGUAAGGGUUGGUGGCAGUGUGCCAUAAGACAUAUGAGUACUACGAUCUAUCAUCCGGUGUCUACAGCCAGAAUGGGAUCAGAUCCAUCAGUAUCAGUGAUAAACACCAAUCUACAGGUGCACGACAUUUCCAAACUGAGAGUUGUUUGCAGUAGUUCGAUGCCUGAGUUGAAUUCUGGACAUACUACAGCACCUACAAUCAUGAUAGCCGAGAAAGCCUCAGAUAUCAUUAAAAAGUAUUACGGAAAACUGCGAUAAAAUAUAUAAUUUCAUUUAAAUUAUGAAAGAAAUUGUUUUUAUUACAUUUUUGCUUGGCACAUAUUAAAGAAAAUCACAAAUUGUUUUGUCUGUGAUUGUAGAUAUACAGGGUUGUUCACCACAUAC